AUGAUUUUUAAACUGUAUACAUUAAUUUUAACUUUUAAUUUAAUAGGAUUUUCAUUAGCUUCGUUUAAGCUUACAAAUAUAAAAUGCGAAGAAUUCGAUUCAAAAUUUGCCACAUUCAAAGAAUGUCGUUUACGAUUACCCAAACGCAAUACAGUGGCUUUACAUCUUUACGUGAAACUUUUUCAACUACCGAUUAAUAAUGUGACGAUUAAUUUAUCCCUGAUGAAGAGAGCCAAUGGCUAUAAACCAUUUUUGUAUAAUGUAACUACAGAUUUUUGUCAUUUUAUGAAGAACAAAAAACAAAAUCCAUUUUUGAAAUUCUUUUUUGAUUUGCUAAUCAAAACAUCGAAUAUAAAUCAUACAUGUCCAUUCAAUCAUGAUGUAAUUGUUCGUAAUUUAGUAUUGCAAGAGUCAAUGUUUGCAAUUUUACCCCUACCAUCGGGCGACUAUAUGUUCCGAUUAAAAGUAGCUGCCUACAAUGAUUGGAAAGCUGAUGUAAAAGCCUACUUUCAACGAACUGAAAAUUAAAUGUGUAACUAUUAGUGAUGUCAAAC